GCCAGCCGCCGCCCGUUACAAAGGGUAUAGCCGCCAUCCAUCCAUCCAUCCAUAAGAAGAUGGCGCCGACACCGCCGAAAAAGCAACCGGUGUCAAUAUUUCCGGAGCCUUCAGUGGAGCCCAUUCAAGCUACAGCUAUCGUAGUGAUUCACCCAGGGUCUAUGUUCUUGAGGAUAGGACGAGCUUCUGACUCCUACCCUCAUACUAUACCGCACGUGAUUGCAAGGCCAUGCCUGUCGGAAACCUCGGCACCUCACGUUGACCCAAUCCUUGUUCCUGAGGUUGAAAUGGAGCCAGAAGUGGUGGCCACCAUUGAAGAAGGGUGCGAGGUUGUCGGGAACCUUUUGGCAUCGUGUUUGACUUCAGAAGGAAGGAUACGCUACACCUUCCCCACUGACAAGAUUCACCACUUCAAUCAGCAUGUGAAGCCAACAAUCAUUGAAGAAAGGUGUGACCUUAAUUGGACUAACACUGAUCGAGCACAGGAAUUUUAUGUUGGAGAGGAGGUGCUGUACCUAAACCCUGAGCAGCAGUUCCACAUACACUGGCCCAUCAGGAGGGGCCGAUUAAAUGUGCACUCAGGCGUUGGAGGGUCCCUGGUGUCUGUGUUGGCCCAUCUAGAAGCCAUCUGGGGCACAGCCAUUCAGCAGUAUCUUGAGAUUCCUCUGAAAGACCUCAAGCACUACAGGGCAGUACUGGUCAUACCGGACGUGCAUGCCAGAGACCACGUUCGAGAACUGAUGCAGCUCCUGCUCUGCAAGAUGGGCUUUGGUGGCUGCUUUGUUGCCUUGGAGUCUGUCUGUGCAACAUUUGGUGCGGGCCUGUGCUAUGCUUGCGUUGUGGAUGUAGGUGACCAAAAGACCAGUGUUUCCUGUGUUGAAGACGGUAUAUCUUCGCGAACAAGCAGGCUGACAAUGGAGUAUGGGGGAGCUGACAUAACGCACCUGUUCCACUACCUGCUGCGCAAGUCAGGGUUUCCCUAUAAAGAGUGCGACCCUUCGAAAGUCUUGGAUGCCUUGCUGCUACAGGAACUGAAGGAGAACAUGUGCCAUGUUAAUCUGGACAUAUGUGGAGCACAGGAGCGGUCUUUCCAAGUGAAGCAACCAGGCAAAGCACUCUUAGAGUACAAAAUCAAGGUUGGCGACGAGUGUCUGGUGGCCCCACUGGCCCUAUUUCGGCCAGACAUGCUGGGUGUCACAGGUCCCAAGCAGUCCAGGGGCCACCCCAGAAAUCCAGGUGAUCCUCAUGACCCCCUGGAUGAGCACUUCCUCCUCCAGACACAGAGGCGAGCGGCACGUGAUGUCGCAGAAGGAUCGCAAGCCUCGGACGCUGCUUCUCAGCUAGACGACAGCCAACUUGGUCAGGGGCCUCUGGAUGAAGACGAAGUGGUUCCACCUGAAGCCGUCACCCUCGCAGCCGCGCCCCGAGACAGCGAGAGAGAGCUGCCUUGUGACCAGCUGUUGGGCAUAGACCAGGCCAUUGUGCAGUGUGUUGAUCGCUGUGACGGGGAGGAGCUGAAACGGAAAAUGUUCAGCUGCGUGCUUGUGGUUGGAGGUGGCUGCAUGUUCCCUGGCAUCCACACAUGGCUCCAGAAUCGCCUCUCUGUCCAGAUUCCCAUCAUGUACCGACCAGAGCAGAUGGAGAUAAUCACCAGGCCAAGAGACACGGACCCUAGGAUCACAACAUGGAAAGGUGCAUCCAUCAUGAGUUGCCUAGACUCGGCUCAGGAGCUUUGGAUUCGCCAGGCUGAGUGGCAGCGAUAUGGUGUUCGCCUGCUUCGUGAGCGGGCACCCUUCAACUGGUAGUGCCACUAUCCUCGCUGCCCGUUGGUGUCAUGACAGGCGUGCCAUCUUCACAAAUGCUUGUGCCACUCUUUGAAGUCCUCGGCACCAGCAUGGUUCAAAGUUGCUCGGCGCAGCGGAAAGAAGCUGAAAUGCGUUUACCCACCUCGCCAUUCAGAACUGAACAGCAGCCUGAAGCAUUGCUUCGGUCACCACGGUAUGCAGAGACUUGAAUGCUAGGAGACACAAAUGCAUCUGUAUGCUCUUGUCUGGCCGCCCUUGUAAUUCUUAAAAAAUGCCGGACUGCAUUCGUCUCGUGCUUCUUGCGCAUGAAUAUGUGUCACGACUGCAGAGUGUGAUGCAUGUUCGUUGUUUUAUUUAUUAUGUGUUAUUCAUUAGUCUGGUUCACUGAAUCAUGUUCUUUCAUUUGCCAUCAGUACAACUACAGUUAAACCUUGAUAUAACGAAAUGCUCGAUAUAACGAAGCAUAACUUUUCAUAACCUCUUGUCCAUAGAACACAAUGUAAUUAAAACUCACUAUAACAAAGUACCUUUGUAUGCGGUUUCAAUAUAACGAAAUUUCACUGCCUCCGCAAAACAAUGCCGAGACAAUAAAUGGAAACUUGCGCGGACGCAGAUGGUCAAAUCAUUGGACUACGAGCGGCUGCUUGCAAGCGCACCUCUCAAAUCGCGCGCUGCACGACAAGAGCGACUGCCGAGGUGGAGUCGCAUCAUGUUCCGUGUAAAAUCCAAGUGCGAUAAGAUCCUAUCGCGCCCGUGCACUGUGUGCUUUAGGUGCGAGUGAAAGUGCGUGAGGGUGAGACAAGAAAGAUGGUGCCCUCACGAGUGACGCCUUCCCGCGCGAUCAAAGGCAAAGAGGCGGAGGGGAACGAGCUCGCGGUAACGCGAUCAAGCACGCUCGAGGGGGUAGAGGGCCGGGGUUGUGCAUGCGCGGCUGAGCGCAUACGCAGCCGCGCGCCCUGCGUUGGAGGUAAUGUGCCGCGUGUGCAAAGAGUAGGCGUGCCAUGAGAGCAUGGCACCUUGUAAGCCGUCUUCCCGUGCGUUUAGUGUUAGAGGCUGCGUAACCUCGAGUUUCGAUGACCCGUUGGAGCGAGAGACAGUCAUUCGCUCUCCGCUACCAGCGCUUUUCUUGAUAGCGUCGUCCCACCGAUGGCGACGCUAUAAGCCGCAGGGCCAGAGUGCACGGGAAAGCGUGGCUGGCUUUGCUUGAGUCGUACCGUUGAUAUGAAGAUAUCGUCGACGUACGUGGCGUGAAACUAUCAUUCAGCGCCGAUUCCCAAAUUUAUCAAAAUGAAUUGUUUUCUCAUUUAAGUUAUGUUUGUUUCGAUUGCCCGAUAAUUCGGGGAUUUCUGCGGCCCCUUUACGUGAAAGAAAACUCGAUCGGCGACUGUACUUAUUUGCAUAAAAGGACGAAUUUCAAUAUAACAAAAUUGUGAUAUAACGAAGCAAAUUGCCGAUCUUACCGACUGCGUUAUACCGAGGUUUAACUGUGUUUCCACUUCUAUUUUUGAUGGUCAUAACUGUACAGAAAAAGUCAUUAAAGAAAUCUUUCUUUCUCAA